AUGUCAGUGGAGAGGAUGGGUGGGAGCAGGUAGUCGGCUGACGGGCAGCUGAUUGGGCGCGGUUGGGCAUGCGCUCUGGAUAUCCCCUAGUGCAUUGUAUGCUGGUAUCGGGGUUUUCCAGCUUGGCGCUUAUGGCUCGGCUACUGAGGCAAGGUAGGUUUUCGCUAUUCCAGUACUCGUGGGAUGCGAAUGUGGGUCGGGGGUGUUUACUAACUAGGGUUCGAGGGCCAUAGUGCCUUGGUAUUUACUCUUAUGGCUAGUGAAGCGGUGAAGACGUUUCUGGAGAAGGCGACCCGUAAGUAUUCCACCUGCAACAGCUAGUUAUGGGAGCGCGUUGCUAACCAGGUUUGUAUUAUUGCUUGCUAUAGUAUACCUUCAUGGAUGGCUCUCAUCUGGUUGGUGGCCAUCUCGAUUUUAGUUCCUGGAGCCAGCAUUCUCGGGCACUUUUGUGGGUUGAUAGUUGGUUAUCUAUGUUCGUUACCUACCUCCUCUCCAUUGAACGCACUCUCAUAGCACUUUCAGAUGCCUGUCACUACUUCCGUCUCCUCAAGCCUCCAGAGACUAUGCUAGGUAAGGUCGAGUCCACGUUGGAAUCCCUGCUCCCGCGUGCAACCUUCUACAUCUUCCUUGAGAACAGGAUUGAGAUGAACCACAUGGAGCUCCUACUGACAUCUGUCGGCUCAAGUACCCAAUCAACACUCCGCGAGGCAACCCCUAUGUCUGUCGGCAGCGGCUCUGGUUUCACUGCCGCGGGCCCUGGCAGAGUGCUCGGCCCCCUACGUGGGAGAGCAAGCGAUCGUGGUCUGAAGAGGGUAAGGUCAGAAGACAAGUGA